AUGUCGAAAUCCGCUCGUGUGCUCUACUGGUUCCGUACCGACCUGCGGUUGCACGACUCGCCCGCCUUGCAAGCAGCUCUGGACCUCAAGCCCGCCGCGCUCUUCCCGGUAUGGUGCUGGGACCCGAAUUACGUCUACAAGCACCGCGUGGGUGUCAACCGUUUCCGCUUCCUGCUCGAGUCGAUGAACGCACUCUCAGAGCGCAUCACCGCGACGCAGUCCAACUCGCAGCUGCUGGUCGUUCGUGGCGAGCCGACCGAGCUGCUGCCGGAGCUGUGGAAGCGUUGGAACAUCACCCAUCUCGUCAUCGAAAAGGAUCCCUCCGCAUAUGGCCGAAGACGCGAUACGCUCAUCCGUGAGGCGGCCAAAAAGAGCAAGGUUGAGGUAGUCGCGGUUCAGGGUCAUCACCUGUUCGACCCAGAGGAGGUGGUGAAGCGCAACAAGGGCAAGCCCACCAUGGCGAUGAGCACGCUGCAGAAGAUCGUCUCAGACAUGGGCGACGUACCCAAGCCGCUGGACGCUCCCAAAGACCUGCCACUGCCUCAGCUGAAAGACUCCAAGUCCAAGACACUCAAGGACCUGCUGGCAGAACUCGCCGAUUCGCUCGACGGCCUUCCGCACUACACGGGCAAGGGCCGCGAAGGACCAGCCUCGGUAGACCUCAACUCGACCGAGCUCGACGGGCAGCGCGACAAGGAAGUGACGUGCUACAACACGGUCAACGGCGAAGCCGCGGAGCUGUUUGCAGUGCCCACCCUCGAGUCGAUCGGCAUGGAUGCGAGCAAGGGCAGGGACACCAUCAAGGGUGGCGAGCCGCUGGCGCUCGAGAAGCUCGCCAAGAUCUGCAAGGACGCCGAAUACGUCGCGACGUUCGCCAAGCCCAAGACCUCGCCAAGCCAGUCGGCCGAGGAUCCAUCUACAACGCUGCUCUCGCCCUACCUCAAGUUCGGCUGUCUCAGUGUGCGCAAGUUCUGGUGGGACGUCGAGGAGGCCAAGAAGAAGUACAAGGGCGGCAGCAAGACUGGGCCUCCGGAGAACCUGAAUGGCCAGCUGCUUUUCCGAGACAUGUACGCAUGCGCGGAGCAUGCGAUCGGAGACGACUUCCAGCGCGUGCGCGGAAACGAGGUGUGCCGAUACAUGGACUGGUACCUGCCCACGCACUACGACAAGAACGGCGAAGUCAUCCUUCCGCGCCCGCCCGGCGAUGCUGUGAGCGAAGCCAGGCUGUCGGCGUUCAAGCUGGGCCAGACCGGCUUUCCGUGGAUCGAUGCGCUUAUGCGCCAGCUCCGUCUCGAAGGCUGGAUGCAUCAUCUCGGACGCCACUCUGUCGCCGCCUUCCUGACCCGUGGUCAAUGCUGGAUUUCGUGGGAGCGUGGUGCCGAGAUCUUUGACGAGUACCUGAUCGACUGGGAUCCGUGCUCAAACCCGGGCAACUGGAUGUGGCUCUCGUGCUCGGCCUUCUUCACGCAGUACUUCCGCCUGUACGGACUCGCGACGUUCCCGGCCAAGUACGACAAGACGGGCGCGCUGGUGCGCAAGUACUGCCCCGAGCUGGCCAAGUUCCCGGACAAGUACAUCUACGAGCCCUUCAACGCGCCCAAGGACGUGCAGCAGAAGGCCGGAUGCAUUAUCGGCAAGGACUAUCCGUUCCCCAUGCUCGACGAGAAGGAGACCAAGGGCGAAAACAUGCAGCGCAUGAAGAUCUGCUACCAGGCCAACCUGCACGGCACGAGCAAGGAGGUGCUCGAUGGCAAGGCGGACGACAUGCUGAGGAAGAAGCAUGGAUUCAAAGAGCCCAAGGAGUUCGACUGGAACAACCGACCCGGUGCCAAGAUCCCUGACUGGGCCAAGCCGCCAAAGGGAGAGGAGAAUACCACCAAAGGCGCCCCCGACUCCAACGGUGCCGCCAAGAAGGAGGACGAAGAGGACGCUGACGAUGGCAGUGAUUCGGACGAUGCCGUAUACAAGCAGGAGGACGAGCAGAAGGAAGAACGGCCCAAGAAGCGCAAGGGUGCAGCUGAAGCAAAGAACGGCAAGGGCAAGAAGACGAAGAAGUAG